UUUUUUUUUUUUUUUGCUUUUAUCUAGUUGCUUCCAAGAUCCGGUACUUGCAGGAAUAUCAUAACCGGGUUCUUCACAACAUUUAUCCUGUACCGUCAGGAACAGAUAUUGCAAACACCUUGAAAUACUUUUCUCAGACCUUGUUAAGCAUUUUGUCCCGCACAGGGAAGAAGGAAAACCAAGAUGCCUCCAAUUUGACAGUGCCCAUGACCAUGUGUCUUUUUCCUGUGCCAUUCCCACUCACCCCAUCUCUAAGACCGCAGGUCAGUUCCAUCAACCCUACUGUUACUCGCUCCCUCCUUUACAGCGUCCUGCGAGAUGCUCCCUCAGAACGCGGCCCGCAAAGUCGUGAUGCUCAGUUGUCAGACUACCCCUCUUUGGACUACCAAGGCCUCUACGUGACUUUGGUGACUCUCCUGGAUCUAGUUCCUUUGCUACAGCACGGCCAACAUGAUCUUGGACAGUCGAUAUUUUAUACAACAACAUGUUUGCUCCCCUUUCUCAAUGAUGAUAUUCUGAGUACUCUGCCCUACACCAUGAUAUCAACGUUAGCUACCUUUCCUCCAUUUCUGCACAAGGAUAUCAUUGAAUAUCUUAGCACAUCUUUUCUACCAAUGGCUAUACUGGGUUCUUCAAGGAGAGAAGGUGUACCUGCCCAUGUUAAUCUCUCUGCAUCGUCCAUGCUAAUGAUAGCAAUGCAGUACACAACCAAUCCAGUAUAUCAUUGUCAAUUACUGGAAUGCCUCAUGAAAUAUAAACAAGAAGUCUGGAAAGAUCUUUUGUAUGUGAUCGCCUAUGGGCCUUCACAAGUGAAGCCUCCAGCUGUGCAAAUGCUUUUCCACUACUGGCCCAAUUUAAAGCCUCCUGGGGCAAUAAGCGAGUACAGGGGGUUGCAGUACACAGCUUGGAAUCCCAUUCACUGCCAGCACAUUGAAUGCCACAACGCAAUUAACAAACCAGCUGUGAAGAUGUGUAUAGACCCUUCCCUGUCAGUAGCUCUGGGUGAUAAACCACCCCCGUUGUACCUCUGUGAAGAAUGCAGCGAGAGGAUUGCAGGGGAACACAGUGAGUGGCUGAUUGAUGUUCUUCUGCCACAAGCUGAAAUAUCUGCUAUAUGUCAGAAAAAGGUAAGAGCAAGCCAUCUGUCACUGCCGGAAGACUGGCCAGCGCUUCCGACACAAACACACUGGGCAUGUGGGGCGGCAUCCCCAGCAGGCUUCGAGCGCUUUGCUUUUUGUGCCAUCGGGGUGUUCCUGGCGGGCCUCGGGCUGCGUUACCUGGGUGCCGGCCACGCCUCGCCGUGGGCAGUGGUCUCCCUGGCCUUCGGACCCCUCUUACCUGCACCGCCGUUCUCGUCGCCACCCCCUGCUGCCCCUUUCGGUGGUCGCGCUGACCCGGGGCGUGGUUCUGGCCCUGCACACCCGGUGGUCUUCGCAGAGUGCGGGUGGAGGAGCGCCCUGCCUUGGGGUCAGGCCCUCAGCACAGCACGCUCCGUCCUGUCCCGGGUGUGGCAGGGUCGGACGGGCGGCGGCUUGCUGAAGGAGGCCGAGUUCCAUGCCGAGCAGCGGGAGCAUGAGCUGAGUCGGCGGCGGCAGCUGGGCCUCUCCUCUUCCCACCAUUCCCUGGACAACACCGACUUCGACAACAAGGACGACGACAAGCACGACCAGAGGCUGCUCAGUCAAUUUGGAAUAUGGUUCUUAGUGAGCCUCUGCACACCCAGUGAGAACACGCCUACCGAAAGCUUGGCCCGGCUGGUGGCCAUGGUGUUUCAGUGGUUUCACUCCACAGCAUAUAUGAUGGAUGAUGAAGUUGGAAGUUUGGUGGAAAAGCUGAAGCCUCAGUUUGUCACCAAAUGGCUGAAGACAGUGUGCGAUGUUCGCUUUGAUGUCAUGGUCAUGUGCCUUCUUCCCAAACCCAUGGAAUUUGCCAGGGUUGGCGGGUACUGGGAUAAGUCCUGCAGCACCGUGACUCAGCUGAAGGAAGGGCUCAGCCGCAUCCUCUGCCUCAUCCCCUACAACGUGAUCAAUCAGUCCGUGUGGGAGUGCAUCAUGCCAGAGUGGCUGGAAGCCAUCCGAACAGAAGUCCCCGGCAGUCAGUUGAAAGAAUUCAGGGAAGUGUUAAGCAAAAUGUUUGACAUUGAGCUAUGUCCUCUGCCUUUCUCAAUGGAAGAGAUGUUUGGCUUUAUUAGUUGUCGGUUUACAGGAUACCCCUCCUCUGUGCAGGAGCAAGCUUUACUAUGGCUUCAUGUAUUAUCGGAGUUAGAUAUCAUGGUUCCACUUCAACUAUUAAUCAGCAUGUUUUCUGAUGGAGUUAAUUCUGUCAAAGAACUGGCAAAUCAGAGGAAAUCAAGAGUCAGUGAAUUGGCAGGAAACCUUGCAGCUCGAAGGGUGAGCGUUGCCUCUGAUCCUGGUCGACGAGUUCAGCACAAUAUGCUCAGUCCAUUUCAUAGUCCUUUCCAGAGUCCAUUUCGGAGUCCUAUGCACAGUCCAUUUCGUAGCCCUUUCAAGAAUUUCGGACACCCAGGAGGAAGGACUAUUGACUUUGAUUGUGAAGAUGACGAAAUGAAUCUAAACUGUUUCAUCCUCAUGUUUGAUCUUCUCCUGAAGCAGAUGGAGUUACAAGAUGAUGGAAUCACGAUGGGUUUAGAGCACAACUUGUCAAAGGACAUUAUUUCUAUUAUAAAUAAUGUCUUCCAAGCCCCCUGGGGAGGCUCUCACACCUGCCAGAAGACGGAAAAAGCAACCGAGUGUAACUUAUGUCAAUCCAGUAUUCUCUGCUAUCAGCUUGCUUGUGAACUCCUGGAGAGGCUGGCUCCCAAGGAAGAGAGCCAUCUGGUGGAGUCCACAGACAGCCUUGAGGAUAGCCUCCUUUCUUCCAGACCAGAGUUUAUUAUAGGCCCUGAAGGAGAGGAGGAGGAGAAUCCUGCCACCAAGCAUGGGGAGAACCCAGGCAAUCGCCCUGAGCCCGUGGAACCAACUGCAAUAAAGAAUGAUACUGAAAGAAAAUUCUGCUACCAGCAGCUUCCAGUAACAUUGAGACUAAUAUAUACCAUUUUCCAGGAAAUGGCUAAGUUUGAAGAGCCAGACAUUCUUUUUAAUAUGCUCAAUUGCCUGAAGAUUCUCUGUCUGCAUGGAGAGUGUUUAUACAUCGCUAGAAAAGAUCAUCCUCAGUUUUUAGCCUACAUUCAGGAUCAUAUGUUGAUUGCAAGCCUGUGGAGAGUCGUGAAGUCUGAGUUCUCACAGCUGUCUUCGCUGGCAGUUCCUCUCCUCCUCCACGCUCUGUCACUUCCUCAUGGUGCUGACAUCUUCUGGACAAUCAUAAACGGCAAUUUCAACAGCAAGGACUGGAAGAUGAGGUUUGAAGCAGUGGAAAAAGUGGCUGUAAUUUGUCGAUUUCUGGAUAUUCACUCGGUGACCAAAAACCACCUGCUGAAGUACUCCCUGGCACAUGCCUUCUGCUGCUUCCUGACAGCUGUGGAGGAUGUCAACCCAGCAGUGGCAACCAGGGCUGGUCUCCUGCUCGACACCAUAAAGAGGCCAGCAUUGCAGGGUCUGUGUCUUUGUCUUGACUUCCAGUUUGAUACUGUGGUUAAAGACCGACCCACAAUUUUGAGCAAGCUCUUACUCUUGCAUUUUCUUAAGCAGGAUAUUCCUGCUUUGAGUUGGGAGUUCUUUGUAAAUAGAUUUGAGACACUUUCUUUGGAAGCUCAGCUACAUUUGGAUUGUAACAAAGAAUUUCCUUUUCCUACAACCAUCACUGCUGUGAGGACCAAUGUUGCUAACCUCAGUGACGCAGCUUUGUGGAAGAUCAAGAGGGCUCGCUUUGCAAGAAACCGCCAGAAGAGUGUGCGUUCUCUCAGGGACAGUGUGAAAGGUCCCGUGGAAUCCAAGAGGGCACUCUCCCUCCCUGAGACCCUGACCUCCAAAAUCCCUGUGAGGUUGACCAGGCAUGAGCAGUCUGCUCCAGCUCUCGGUGGGACACCUGAACAGACACAAGGACAACAAUCUCCUGAGAAUGACAACACCAUCAAGGACCUGCUCCCCGAAGAUGCCGGGAUCGACCACCAGACAGUUCACCAGCUGAUCACCGUGCUCAUGAAGUUCAUGGCCAAGGAUGAGAGCAGCGCUGAGUCAGACAUCAGCAGUGCAAAGGCCUUCAACACAGUCAAGCGGCACCUGUACGUCUUGCUUGGCUAUGACCAACAGGAAGGUUGCUUCAUGAUUGCACCUCAAAAAAUGCGCCUGUCAACCUGCUUUAAUGCAUUUAUUGCAGGAAUUGCCCAAGUCAUGGACUAUAACAUUAACUUGGGAAAACACCUUCUCCCCUUGGUGGUUCAGGUGCUCAAAUACUGUUCCUGCCCUCAGCUGCGGCACUAUUUCCAGCAGCCGCCUCGUUGCUCCCUCUGGUCCCUGAAGCCCCACGUCCGGCGGAUGUGGCUGAAGGCUCUGCUUGUCGUGCUUUACAAGUAUCCCUACCGAGACUGUGAUCUCAGCAAGAUCCUGCUGCACCUGAUUCACAUAACAGUCAAUACCCUCAAUGCCCAGUAUCACAGCUGCAAGCCCCAGGCCUCGGCAGGACCCCUGUACAGCGACAAUAGCAACAUAAGCAGAUACAGCGAAAAAGAAAAAGAAGAAGAUAGUGUUUUUGAUGAAUCUGAUAUUCAUGAUACACCUACUGGACCCUGCAAUAAAGAGUCUCAAACUUUUUUUGCAAGAUUGAAAAGAAUAGGCGGCAGCAAAAUGGCGAAAUAUCAGCCGGUUGAGAUGAAUGUUCAGAGAAGUGAAAUAGAACUGGCUGAAUAUAGAGAAACGGGUGCGUUACAAGACAGCCUUCUACACUGUGUGAGAGAAGAAAGCAUUCAGAAAAAAAAGCUACGCUCUUUAAAACAAAAAUCUCUUGAUAUAGGGAAUGCAGACUCCCUCUUGUUUACAUUAGACGAGCAUCGCAGGAAGUCAUGCAUAGAUCGGUGCGACGUGGAGAAGCCACCUGCUCAAGCCGCUUACACCGCACAAAGGCAAAAUGACCCUGGGCGUUCUAGACAGAAUUCUGCCACAAGGCCUGACAGUGUGGAAAUCGCUGAGAACCCAGCCGUGGAGGGCUUCCCAGAUGCUCGCAGGCCUGUGAUCCCGGAGGUUAGGCUGAACUGCAUGGAGACGUUCGAGGUGAAGGUGGACUCCCCGCUGAAGCCUGCCCCCAAAGAGGACCUCGAUCUGAUCGAUUUGUCCUCAGACUCGACUUCCGGGCCUGAAAAGCACUCCGUGUUCUCAACAUCUGAUAGUGACUCGCUGGUCUUCGAGCCUCUCCCACCGCUCAGAAUAGUGGAGAGUGAUGAGGAAGAGGAAACCACAAACCAAGGCGGUGGUGGUGCCCCUGGCCCAGACGCUGCAUCCCCGCCCUCCGUCCCCAGCCACUCUUCCGUCCUCAGCCUGAGCACAGCUCCCCUUGUGCAGGUGAGUGUGGAGGACUGCUCCAGAGACUUCUCCUCCAAGGACUCAGGAAACAACGCAGACUCUGCUCUCAUAGCCCUGGAAGACCCUACGGACGCCGAAGAGCUGUCCGGGCCAGAGGAGCUGCCCGAGUUCUGCGGCAGCCCGCUCACGCUGAAACAGAAACGAGACCUCCUCCAGAAGUCGCCUGCUCUCCCCGAGAUGUCACUGGACAGUAGCCCCGAGCCUGGCCCCGAGGAGGAGAAGCCCGGUGGGCUGGCGCCAAGUUCAGGGGCAAAAACGGUCCUCCUCAAAGUCCCCGAAGAUGGGGAGCGGCCGGCAGAGGGCGAGAAGUCUGACCCCAGUGCUGAAUCGGAUGCAGAGCAGAAUACUGAAAGGAAGCGGGGAGAGGAUGGAGCUGAGGAGUCUGAGUUUAAGAUCCAGAUUGUUCCCAGGCAGCGGAAGCAGAGGAAGAUUGCUGUCAGUGCCAUCCAGAGAGAGUACCUCGACAUUUCCUUCAACGUUCUGGACAGAUUGGGAGAACAGAAGGACCCAGAUUCCUCCGCAAAAGGCCUUUCGACUUUGGACAUGCCGCGAGAGUCCUCGUCCGCCCCCACGUUGGAAGCAGGCAUGCCGGAGACAAGCGGCCACUCCUCUAUCUCAACUCAGCACAGGCAGAUGAAAAGGGGCUCCCUGGGUGUUCUGACAAUGAGCCAGCUAACGAAGCGGCAGCUGGAGCAUCAGUCUAGCGCCCCCCACGACAUCAGCGACUGGGACACUGAACAGAUACAGCCCGGGAAGCGCCAGUGUAAUGUGCCAACGUGCCUAAACCCUGACCUGGAGGGACAGCCAUUGAGGACGAGAGGUGCCACCAAAUCCAGCCUGCUGUCAGCACCCAGCAUAGUCAGCAUGUUUGUGCCUGCACCCGAAGAAUUCACUGACGAGCAGCCGACCGUGAUGACGGACACAUGCCAUGACUGUGGGGCUAUUCUUGAAGAAUAUGAUGAAGAAACACUUGGGCUGGCCAUUGUGGUCCUCUCCACAUUCAUUCACUUAAGCCCAGACUUGGCAGCCCCACUCUUGCUGGAUAUCAUGCAGUCUGUGGGAAGAUUGGCAUCCAGUACUACGUUUUCUAAUCAAGCAGAAAG